AUGGAACACAUAACCUUGAAUCCCUCGGCAGUCUUUCCUAACAGUUGCUACUACGAUGAAGCAAAAAACAUACGUUUCGAUCCGCCUGUUUAUGAACAACGAUAUUGCGCUGUAUUGCGGCUGUUGGAGCUCGAUUUCUGGAAAGAAUCUUUCAAAAAGAUUGUAGAGUUUGGAUGUGCUGAGAUGAAGUUCUUUCGAUUGUUACGCUCACUGCCGGCAGCUGAAACGAUAUUAGAGGUUGACAUUGAUGACGACAUUUUGCAGAAAUGCCGACAUUUGGUGCGACCGUUACUCGCCGAUUAUUUGGCCCCUAGCACCAAAUCGCUCUCGGUGGAAGUAUGGCGUGGAAAUAUUGCCGAACCCCACGAGUGCCUGCUGGAUACGGACGUUGUGAUAGGAAUCGAAAUCAUAGAACAUUUGCAUCAGCCAGUGCUGGAAAAGGUACCGGAAAACGUGUUUGGCUACAUUAAACCGAAGGUAGCGAUGUUCUCCACCCCGAACGUCGAGUACAACGUGCUGUUCGAUGGUUUACUAGAGAACGGGUUUCGCCACGAUGAUCACAAAUUCGAGUGGACACGGGCGCAAUUUGAAGAGUGGGCCAGUUCGAUCUGCAAACGAUACCCCAACUACAGCGUAAAGUUUUUUGGUAUCGGUCCCCCACCACCCGGGCGCGAGUCAAUUGGAUUUGUGAGUCAACUGGCGGUAUUCGUACAUCAGGACUUUCUCCACAGUCUGCCCGAGCCGGCUGUAACGGAGGCGGAGGCCGGGCAAGAAACGAGCCAAAGUGAACAACCCGAAGAUACGGCCACGCCGCAUACUGAUGUCAAUCCACGUUCCCAGCUAAUGUUUGAUGAGGAAAUAGGCGAAGUUGUUUUCAUGGAACCGCCACAGAACAGCGCCGAAGUAAAUGGUUCCGAUGAUGCCGUUCCUCCGCCUAUGGUAGAGGAUUGUUUGCAUGGAGCAGACGAUGUCUCUAAUGAUGGCCGCUGGAGAGAAUACGAGGAUGUGAACGACGAACUCGAUCAAGAGUUAAGUGACGAUGACGACGACGAGGAUGCCUUUGGAGGACUCGUUAUUCCUGAAGCAGAAAUGCGAGAUAUGCGCACACGAAACGACAGCGGCAAUUUCGAAGGGGACGACCUGCCGCCACUCGGCGAAGAAUACUGGAUGAUAACGUGCGAGGUAUACCCAGUAGCACCUUUGGAUGAACGGUCGCGCGACGAGCGAAUCAAGCACGCGGCCGAGUACCAGCUGCGACGGUUACGGAAUUUUGGGGACGACUUUCUGGCACCGGAGCAGGAUCGGUUCAUCAUUCCACUGCAGGUCGUGCUAGACUGCAUGGUGUCGGAUCCAGCCAGUAUCGAGGAGUUGCGAGCAUGUUUGAGGAACGCGGGAUAUCAGAUCGAUGACGAAGACGUGCUGACGCUACCGGUGGAAGAGGAAUCCUCGGACGAAGAUCGCGUGGACGAUGAUGCGGAAUAUGACGUAGACGAGCACGUACAAUGGGACAGCGACGAGGAGCCACCACCGGGCAUGGUCGUGGAAGGAAUGGCUUUGCAAGACUACGAUGAAACAUGGGAUUGA